AUGACUCCAGCUUUCACUCACAGCAACAUCAAAGAAAUGGUUCCAACAUUUAUUCGUAUAGCUUCUACUUUAAAAGGAGUUAUAGGAUGGAUCACUUACAAAAUUUUUAUUUGGCCUUAUUAUGUUUCUCCAUUGAGAAAAAUUCCUGGCCCACCAUCUGAAAGUCCAAUUUUCGGAAAUAUUAAAUCACUUGUAAAGUCUGUCGACUCUACUGAACCACAACUUCAAUGGCUUGCUAUUGCACUUCUCGGUAAUGGUCUUGCAUUUGCGGAAGGUGACGAUCAUAAGAGACAAAGAAAAAUGAUGAAUCCAGCUUUCUCUCACAGUAACAUCAAAGAAAUGGUUCCAACAUUUAUUCGUGUAACUUCAACUUUAAAAGGUUUAAUCAAAAAUGAGAUAAAUCAAGGAAAUUCUAACAUUAAUCUUACACCUUAUAUUUCAAAGACUACUUUGGAUAUUAUUGGCUCAGUAGGAUUUAGUUAUGAAUUCAAUUCGUUAACAUCCUCAAACGAAAUAGCAGAUUCUGUUUUCAAUGCCCCACUAAAUACUUUACGAGUUGCCGUUAUCUUGAUAGCAAAUUAUAUUCCAUUUAUAAAAGAUAUCCUCAUAGGCACGAACGUGGAGUUUAAGAAUGCGUGUGCAGUUAUUAGCCGCGUAUCAAAGAAACUGGUUGAAGAAAAAUAUAAAGAAGCCGAAAAUGGAGAAUUGAAAAAUAAGGAUUUGUUGUCGUUAUUAAUCAAUACUAACAAAAUAUUGCCCGAUGAAGAAAUAAUGACUUAUGAGGAAUUAAAAAAUCAGGCAAUUAAAAAGAUUUUUAUUUAUCUAUUCACAGGUCGAAGAGAUAUAAUUAUGACAUUUUUAGUAACUGGACAUGAAACCACAAGCGCUACAACUUGUUGGGCAUUAUAUUUACUCGCACAACAUCCACAUGAGCAAGACUUGUUGCGUGAAGAAUUAGUUAAAGUUAUUCCCGAUAAAUCAAAUUUCAAUCUUUCAUAUGACGAAAUUAAUUCUUUAGAGUAUUUAAAUUGCGUAAUUAAAGAAACUUUAAGAAUGUGCACUCCAGUAUCAAUUAUUAGUCGAACUAAUCUAAAGGAUGAAGUUUUCGGGAAAUACUUUAUUCCAAAAAAUUCUGAAAUAUUUAUUGGAAUUUCAGCAUUUCAAAAAUCAUCUGAAAUUUGGGGCCCAACGGCUGAUAAUUUUGAUCCAAAAAGAUGGUUGAAUCCUUCUUUAAAUGUAACAAAUUUAAAUUAUUCGCCUUUCCUUGGUGGUCCAAGAGGAUGUAUAGGCAAUAAAUUGGCUUUAGCUGAAAUGAAAAUAAUGUUAGGAAUGUUAAUUAGGAAUUUUGUUUUUCAACCAAUUGAAGGAUUUCAAACUAGAAAAAAACCUUUCCCUUUAUCUAAACCUGAUCCAUAUAUUGGGUUAGCUAUAUCUAUAGUUGAAUCUUAA